AUGCUGGGACUCUUCGGCAUCAUCUGCUGCUCUGCUUCCAAGGUUGUUUAUGGAAAGUACAUCUGGGAUCCUCUCGAAAUUGCUUCUCACUGGGACGGCCCCUCUGGUCGGGCUGGCGCCUUCUUUUACCUCAACAUCAGACGUGGAGUUAUCAUCACGACAGUAAUUGCGGGCUGGGUCAUGCAGCCUUGGAAGAUUAUCCACUCUGCUCAGUCUCUCCUCGCAUUCAUGGCGGGAUUGGGAAUUUUCCUGGCACCGAUUGCAGCAAUGCUCAGCGCAGACUACUGGGUUGUACAAAAGCAAAUGUAUGAUAUUCCGGGCCUAUACCGAGCACAUGGAAGGUACCGGUUCAACAAAUGGGGUACGAACUGGAGGGCAGCGGUGGCAUUCUUGAUCAGUGUCGUGCCCAGCAUCCCUGGGAUGGCUGCCUCUGUUGACCCGUCGAUCAAAGGCACGAUUGGGGACGCCGAUAAGCUUUAUUUCAUGUUUUAUUUCUGGGGAUACACAAGUGCGUUUUUGGUAUAUAUCGGCCUGAGUUAUUUUUUUCCUGCUCCAGAGACACAUAUUGCCGCAACGAUUUAUGAAGAUUCGGACAUCAUCUCAGCCGCGGAGGGUUUUGACAAGGGCGAUUCCGAGCUCGGGGAUGAGAAAAAGAUGGGUGAGAAAGAGGUUGUGAGUUCUGUUUAA